AUGCGAGCGCGGAUUAACAUGCCUGUCUUGGGAGAUAAAUGCAUGCCUCCGGCAGUGGUGGCUGCUCCUCGAGGUGAAUGUUGGUUGUCUUCUUGCACGGAGGCGACGUUGUGUGAAAAAAAUCGUUACCGUUAUAAGUAUCAUGGUGCAUGUUUGAGAGCUGUACAACUGAGCAAAAUAUUUGUCACGUUUGAUGUAUUCCAGGUCCUGUACCACGCAGAGUUCGAGAAGGCGAAGGGGAAGUUCACACAGGUUGCCGAUGAUCCUGAAACACUCCGCAUCAAACAGAAUUCAAAGAUAAUCAGCAAUGUCGCGUACCAUGGUGAAUUGGAGAAGAAAGCUGCAAUGGAGAAACAGAGGUUGAUGAAAGGUGAGAAUGGAGAGAAAGCAAAUUCAGAUGAUGGAGAAGAUCCUGCUGGUCGACACCUCUAUCAAUUGUGGGUGUGUACAUGUUGCUUGAAUCUGGUGAAUAACAAGAAACUUUACCAUCCUACCAUAGUGGAGGACCUCCUUCCUCCAUCCAACCACCACCAUGUACCAGCAGCAGCGCCACCCCCUCAGCAGCAGCCGCCGCCUCCAUCAACAGCAGCUCCUAAUGUGCCAAUGAUGUAUUCCCAAGUCCCGGUGCAUCAGCCGGGUAAAAUAUCAGACUACGACCCUCUUUCGGAUCAGCCCAGGAAUUCCCCGUACAGUGCGCGUCAAAGUGCAACAUUGAUCUACACCUCUGAUCGUGGUCCAGUAACAGCACCUCUUACACGACAAGUUGGCUCCAUAGCUGAUCUCGAUCCAGUUAAUGACUAUUAUGGCUCCCUCUCUGCUGAUUUCCGUGGGUCACAAUCGACAGCCUCUAGUGGUAAUUACGUCAAUAAUAAUCAUCAUCCACAUCAGCAGGCCUCGCAGAUGACUGCAGCACAAAACCACACCACCACCCCACAGAACUCUGGUCGGAUGUAUCGUGCACUUUAUGACUAUGAUGCCCAAGAUGAAGAUGAAGUCUCGUUCCGUGAUGGCGAUCUAAUCAUUAACUGUACAGCUAUAGAUGAAGGCUGGAUGACAGGUCUUGUGCAGCGAACAGGACGUACUGGCAUGCUGCCAGCUAACUAUGUGGAAUCUGCAAACUGACACCAUUUUCUAUUCAUCCAUUCCUUCACAGCAAGUGCCUUGCAAGUGUGAAAAUCUCUCAUUUAAACAAUUCAUCUUAUCAUUCCAAAUUGCAUUUAUAUUUAACUAGGAAGAUCUUUUUAUGUAUUCAGUUCAUAUAUAAUCUGUUUGUUCAAACAUGUUUUCUACCAACAUACCAAAUUGAGUGCUGGAUAUGUAAAUGCAAGUAAUAUUUUAUAGUUUUGCUACCUGCAAGCGACAAUUAUUAUAAAUAAAAAUAAUUAAGUGUUGAAAUGUAGAACAAUUGCAAAAUGUGCAAUUCAAAAGUGUGUUGAUUAUAUGGAUUGAAAAACGCAUUCUUGGAAGUAUUAAUUAUUGCAGGGAUUCUGCUGUAUACUUGCACAACUGUUCACAAAUGAUUACAAAAUUUUUACAUUAAUAAUUCUGUUGGAAGUAUAUUUGACAAAAAAUAACUUAAUAAUUUGCAGACAAAAUAAAAUAUGCAUGUCUCUUAUUUUCUGAAUCAUAUUUAUGUAUUUUUUCUUCAAAACAUGCAGGCCUACUUGUAUUCAGUACAGACUUGAUAGUAUCUCAACAUAUGCGAAAUUCAAUUUCUUUAAAUGAUCUGUUAUUUUGUCUCCAAAUCUUGUUUACAUCCCUUAGCAUGCAUAACAACAUGCACCUGGGCUUUCAUUUAUUGAAUUACAUAAAGAGUUGGUUUAAAUUUAGAUCAAGAAAUUUGCAUACUGUAUGUGAGGCAUGAAAAUGCAGUGCUCAAAAUUUUUGUGAUAAUUUUUUUACUGCUAAAUAAAAAUGUUCUGAACAGAAAUCGACACUUUCUGGACAGUCAUUCAAUCUAUAAUGGUCAUAAUAAAUUAUAUGCCUUAGAAAUUCUGGGUAUAUCAGGAGUAAAGACAUAUAAUUGUAUGACAGGUAGGUUUAACUGAUAUUGAAUUGUCAAAUUUGCGAAAAAACACUACUCGAAGCUGUUCCAAUUUUUUUUUCCUAUUAGAAAAAGUAAAUGUGCUUUGAUAUGUAUGUUCUAAAAGUCAUGUUAAUUAGUUCUCAGUUUUUAUUUGUGCCCAGUUAUAUGGCUAUAUGUAAUUUUAUGUUCAAUGAAAAACUUGUAUUUAUUGAUGGUUGCAUAUAAACUGUGUAUAAAAAUAAGUUCCUGGCUUCCUUCUGCAGUCAAAUGGAAAAGGGAAUGGAAGGGUGGAAAACUCUCAAAUUAUUAUAAACAUAAUAAUAGAAGCCCAAAGAAGCCAUAUGUUAAAAUUUUCUUUGUAACAUAGACUAACAUCUUUUAACUGAUGUGGAGAGAUGGGACUUGCCCUCUUUCUCAAAGCAUAUAUAAGAGUGGAUAUUUUGUUUGUAUUAAAAAAUUAUGAAAUCUGAAAAUAUGUAGUGUAGUUGUAAAUGAAUUAUAUGUAUUGUUUAUGUGAGAAGAUAAGGAUAAGAUGUUCUAAUCUUUUGUGGGCUAAAUUUCCUAAAUCUGUAAUUUUACUGCCCAAUUUCUACAAAAGAAUAGUGCUGGGCGCUUGUGCACCAAAAGAAUGUUAUACAUAAGUUGCUAUUGUUAAUAUUUCACAUUUUGCAGAAAUUUUGUAACCUUUCUUUUCAUAUUUGUUGUCUGAUUGGAUUUGAGAUCUGACGUUCUGGUGAGAUCUUGGAAGUUGCAGCUUGUAAAGCACACAUUCUAAAUGGUGUGCUUGUUAGAUUAUAAGGCUGUUGUAACUUUUUUAGAAUUAAAUACAAUACCUAUAUAUAUAUAAAUAUAUAUAUAAAUAUACAUAUGUGUACAUAUG